CAGUCUGUUGAGUAGUCCACGUGGAAGGUUUGUGUCCGAAGAUCGCUUGCGAAUGACUGACGCCCUGGUCGCAUUGGAAUGGAGACUUCGAUGGUACGCAAACUGUUGAGCUAUGCCAGCAUUGUGCAGUGUAUGUCUGAGCCGAGUGUGGUUGUGUAUGUUCGUAUACACCAGGCAAUUACCAGGGUUACCGAUGGUCUGGCAAUCGACCCAGCUACGUGAGUAGAGUAGAGACAAGCCUGGCCUCUAGCCCAGUCAUUGACCGUUGGCUUGGCAUACUUGCGAUGCAAUAUCACUGGGGCGAUGAGGAAGAUGCAGUGCGUGCGCGUCUAUACGUGCAAACGUAUCUAUCAGAUAGGCAUUCACGUGGCAGCUGUUUGUAUACGACACUAAGGGACUUUGGCAUACCUGCACCCAUCAUCGACAAGGAGUUUCAGGUCAGACAGGACGCUCAAACAAAGGGUGUGGCGGAUGGCCUUGCCGGGGGUCUGAAACGUACUCGUAGUGGAGUUGGUACCUCUACCGAUGUUGCUGGUGCUGGCAUAUCCAGCUGUCUCCCCGUAUGUGAAGAGGACAUCGGAUCAAACCCCUGCGCGGCCGUUGUACUGUGUAGCGCAGGGACUGCCUCCAACAGUAGUUCUGUGCAUGUUAGUGCUGCUAGCGGCAGCGCCAUCACUUCUGCUUGUGAUACCGCUACUACGGAUGCCACUGCUAUCCCUGUUGAUAGUUGUGUUGCCCAAGACGCGCCCAUCAUUCCAGCUCAUGCCGUUGUCGCCAGCGACACAGCCAGCAUUUCUGUGCAUAGUAGCACUACAACAGACAUACCCAUGCACACGGCAGCGUGCGACUCCUCAGCGAGCGGCAUGGUUGCUAUGGCAACGGCGGGUACUGACUGUCCUGUCAGGGGGAUAAAAGCGUGCGAACCUACUAGGAGUAGUCCAGUCACUUGUGGUAGUACAGCUCCGAGUUUCUCUGUUAGUCAUUCUGCUGCAUUGGAUAUGACGAGCCGGGACAAAGUUGCUUCAAGUACCUCAGGUGCUGGUACUGAUACAAAUGAACCAGUUUCUGAGGGCAGUAGAAAGCGGGCCACUUCCAGUACUGACACUGCCGCAGAGGACACGGCACACAUUGAUGCUUAUUCCAUCGUGGGCAAUCUACCCGUGAACAGUGAUGCUGGUUCCAUCGUGGGCAAUCUACCCGUGAACAGCGAUGCUGAUUCCAUCGUGAGUACUCCAUCUGUGGAUGCGCUCCGCAUGUGCUCGAUGGUGGAUAGUGCGAGCACCAGCGAGAUCCCCGCGCAACCCACAUACACCGACCGUAGUGCAGUGGAUAUCCGCCCACCAGAUCACCAUGGCAACCGCCCACCAGAUCACCAUGGCAACCGCCCGACUGGCGUGAUCGUGUGGACGGAUGCGAAUGUGGAGAAGGCCGUCGCGCUGAUUUUCAGUUGGAUCCACUUCCAGCGGUACAUGGACGAUACCAAUGAGCUGCGUAGCACGCGCACGGGCAAGCGCGCGCAUCUGGCGUACGCUAAUGAGGCCGAGCGAGUGCAGAAACUGUGCGGUAAGCAGUUGGAGGUGUUAAUGGACACUGUGCAGUCUGACGGGCCACAGUGGAGUGUGGCACUGAAUGUGGUCAUGGAUUUGACAGAAGAUGUGGUGUCGCCUGGGGAGUGGGGCUGUGGAACUACACGUGGUAGACAGACCCAAGGCUCUGAAGCACGAGCCAGCGGUACUGGCCACGGGGGAGGGGUGGUCGAUCGCCUGGAGAGGGCGCAGAGUGCGGAUGGGGUUGACACGGGUAUGGUAGUGGCUAACGACGCUGAAGACAGACCUAAGGAUGGAUCACAUGUGGUAGUACUAGACAAUUUUUUCAGUGAAGCGGAACGAAUACAGCUCAUGGAUGUGCUCCACACCCCAGGCUGGGACAAAGCCUGUGGACCCAACCCCGCCCAUUGGGAGCGGAUGACGUGCGAUGCCGCAGGCUUGGCUCCUACGUGGGGACUCAAACAGCACAUGCUCGAUCGUCUUCUGGGUGAGGACACUCUUGGACCUCCGCCCGGUCCUAUUCUCGCCAUCCAAACUCGACUGACGCAACUGUACCCAGACUAUAGAAUCAGACACAUUCCCCACCACACGUCCACUGAACAUGCGAACUACUCGUCCCAUCCGUUUGUGGGCAACGCCACUGUGCAUGGAGACCAUUUUGAAUGGCAUGUGGAUGCUGACCCAGUGUUUCUGCCGGGGCAUGGGCAUCAGAAUCGCACGCGCGGCAAACCUUACUUCGUCACACUCAUGCUGUACUUGAACGACGAAUGGCUCAGCGAAUGGAAGGCCGAGACCGAGUUCUUGGACCUGACCACGAACGGCGUGGUCAGUGUGCAACCGAAGCCUCGACGGGCAGUACUCAUGGACCAGGACAUCUCACAUAGGGCCAGUGCCCCAUCAGCUGCCGCAGGCACUCGAGCGCGCUACUCAUUAGUGUGGAAGCUUAUAUUCCUUCCGAAGCAUGUUGAUAAGGCGUGCUCAAUCGCACAUGAAGAUUUUGGGCCGGUGAAUUAUGUUAAAAUGUGACGGAAUUUGUUGUACAACUGGUAUGGCCCAAUAACGUUGAGGAAAGUAUCGAUAUUGUUUGCUGUGCAAAAUUGAAUGCCCGCUGACGGACAAUGACGGCGACAGGGUUGGUCUCGCAAAAGCAAUAAACGCGCUAGUAUUGCU